AUGCUCAGUCAUUUUAGUUUGUUUGAUUGUAUUUCUUUUCUUUGAGUCAGCAAAAAUCUUCAACACGGAAAUUGUUUUAAUUGUUGAGGAUAUGAAAUGAGUUAUUUUUUGUCACUAAUUGAUAUUGAGUUGUUUUAUUUUUUUGAAAAAGGUCGCAGUACUCUGAAGGUUUGUGAAAGUGAGGAGAGUGGUGAGGUCAGUGAUGUGUCAUGAUGGGUAAGUUGAAACUGAGGGUGUGAUCAACACUGCCUGUCAGAUGUUUUUGAACACGCUAAAUGUAAGCAUUUGUGGGGGUUAGAUCCGAAGCAUAUUGAAACUAGAUUCACAUUAAUAAUACACCAGUGUCUGUGGCUUUUGAUUGGAUAGGGCCUGGAUCUUGGUCACAGCAGCAAGCAGCAUUCUGUAUAUUUGGAUCAUAGAAGCUGUCGAAGCUCUUAACUUACUGUUGGACUCAGUCAUAGACUUUCCCAGUUUUCUAGAUACCUUUUGAUAGUGUAAACCAGAUUGCCCAAAGACAAAUUUGCCAUUUUCUCAGGAAGACGAUCAUCUAGUCUCUGAAUAUUAUGACUCAUUUAAUAGCCAAUAAUCAAAAACCUCUCUCAAAAGGUGAUAUUUGCUCCCAGUUCAUUUUAUUCCUGAUUUCAUGGCAUUUAAAGCAAACGGCUUCCUUUCAACACUGCUUGAGAUUUAACCUCCAAAAAUUGCACCCUAAAAAUAUCUGAUACGCUGUUCAAAGAUGUAUGACUGUUAAUGUGUCUUUUUUGUUUUUUUUGACUGCAAAAAAAAAAGAACAAGUCGUUUAUGACGUAUGCACGUUGUCAUUGGUCAUUCAGACAAUUACAUUGCUCGCCUUUUUCAGUCUGAUAAGUUCACGUUAAAGUGGUAGAUUAAUCUCCUUCCCUUUUUAAUUGAAUUGGAAAAAGCUCCGACUGUGCUUCACAUAAGCAACGUCAACAUUACUUUCUUCACACACGACAUGAUGAACACAACGCGUGAACGUUCGUUUGAAUUAAAGUUGCUUAUUACAUUAAAUACAGCUUUCAUGCUCAUGAAUUUCACUGCGAUCAUAGUCAAACCUCGGUGAUCUAAAGUACCUUGCAAGAAAAAUAUUAAAAGAUGCUGAUGUUAUAUCUGCCAAGGUGUUCCCUUUUUGAUGAAAGCAAUACUGGAAACAGUCAUCCAGUGCUCAGUCCUGUUAUAUGUAAUUCAUUUUAAUUGUUAAAACACCACUGCCCCAUUUUCAAAUUCCAACAUGCUGCCGUUUCAUGGCCUUCACACGGCAGUCAAACCGUUAAAUCUUUUCCAACGUCACGUCCCCAGAAAGCCAGUGCCCCACAGCUAAUAACUGAGACGUGUUUUUAACAGUCAGCGGAGAGCUUCAUGGUUUUAUUUGUGCGUUUUAAAGUUUUGACAUUGUAAUUCAAAGGUCCAGAUUUUCUGACUCGGCGGAGAACAACACAUACUUGUAAAUAUGCAUUUUCUAGGUAUUUACAAACAAGAACUUUGGGAUUUCCUCAAUUUUGUAGAAACUGUUCAAAGAAGAGGUUUGCCCUUGUUAAUUAUGCAAAUUCACAAAAAAUAAUAAUUCUAAAAAUGGACAACAACCUAGUUGGUAGUUGCGACAUCUUGUUGACAACUUUGUAGAUUUUUUUUCUUUUACUUAAGAUUGUGUCUGGCUGAUUUGACAAAGAGGAGAACUUCUGUUGCAGCUGUUAUAAGAUGACUUAUUUCACUGUACAAUACAUAUUUUUAAGUAUAUGUUGCUGGAUUUGUCCUGUUCUGUUAUCUCACCGCUGUACAACAAUCAACAUGGUUUUGGUUUUGUUUUUUUAAUGUGAAGUCUUUUUUUUCUUUUCAUGCAUGUUGAGAUGACCUGGCUGGUUUUUAUCCCUGUUUUUAUCAGUUUGUAUUGAUUUGUGGAUGAAAAAAAAAAAAGAUGAGAAAAAAAAAAGAAGCUUUUGUUCAACCUACAGAAUCAAAUUUUGGUAUAUUAUUUGAUGUGUACAAUAACUUGUGACAUUAUCAACAAAACUAUUAUAAUAUUUUACUAACAUGUCAAUCAAAUAUGUAAUGGUUAUGUACGUUCUUUUUUUCUGCAGUUACUUAGCAGGGCUAAAGCUGAGGUUGCUCCCUGGUGUGUGUUGUAUUUGCGACAUGUUGGCGUGGGGGAAUCAUCUCUCCCCAAAGCAGUAGUUGGCUAAUCUCUGAAGUUGUGCAAUACUAAUAUUUCACCGCUUCGUCACUUUUUAUUUAUUUUUGAGGCAGAAUAGAUUGAGCCAAAGACAUUUUAAAGGGAUUUUAUUUACAAAUCUUUGUCGUUGCUAAUUUGUUUUCAUGGCUUCAUUUUUGUCCUUUUUUGUUUGUUUCCAAAAUUAGUUUCGACAGGAUCUUUGCUAUGAAAUAAAGGGUCUUUACUCUAGUAAUGAAGUACCUCCUAACAUUGCACCGUAUAUCAUCUUAUGAAUUAUUAAGUUUCCUUUUUAAAGAAAACCAAGCUAAACCAACGUUCGUGUUUGCGUGUCACAUGGAAAGGGAGCAACCUUUUGCCCAGCCAGUAGAGAGCACUGUGUUCAGCCUUCUAUAAACGCCACAUCUCUUCCUGUUAUCUGUUUGCUCUCCUCUGUUCUUCCCUCGCUCCAGUGAAUCAAUGGCACACCUGUUCCCCAGCCUCCCAUUCCCAUUAGUUCCUCCCUCGUGGGUACAAAAUAAUGAAUAGAUCUGUUUUAAUCUUCUUCAUUUCAAUUGGUGGUGGUUAUAAUAAAGGAUUUAGACUGUGUUUCAAAAGUUUAUUUUCUUUUUUAUUUGUUUCUCUAUUAAAGUGUUUUUAUUGAAACUGCU